AUAUAUAUGGCUCAUCUGGUCUUCUCACCAUUCUCAUCAAAUUAACAAACCCGCUAGCUAUGGCAAGACUUGUGAAGUCCUCAGCACCCCUGUUUGUUUUUCUCGUUCUCUAUACGCUUCUUGUGUCAGAAGUGAGUGGAAACGGCGGAAGGAUGGUAGGCGGGAGAGCCAAGGUGAAUGAUGUGAAGAAUAACAAGGAGAUUCAGGAGCUGGGAAGGUUCUCCGUGAAGGAGUUCAACAACCACAGGAGCACGUACGGGAAAGGUGGCGAAGUUGGAGAGCUGAUGUUCUCUGAAGUGGUGGAGGCACAGACGCAGGUGGUUUCUGGGCUCAAGUAUUAUUUAAAGAUUGAGGUAACCACACAGAGUGAAGAGAAGCUUGUGUUUGAUUCGGUGCUUGUGGUCAAACCUUGGCUUCGAUCCAAGGAGUUGCUUUCCUUUGAGCCUUCCAUUGGACUGAGGGUAAGAAAAUGAGAAACUGAAACGAAGAUAAUCAAGAUCUUGAGGUCUUCAAUUGUGAUAAUCAGCUGUAACAACAUGAGUUGAAGAGAUUAAGUAAUCUCUGUUGUCUUUGUUUUACGAGUCUAUGUAAUAACCAUGUUCAUAUAUGUUAACUGUGGGUGCUCAAGAAAUUUAUAUGAAUAAAUGAAAUAAUUAUUUAUAGCC